UUCAGUACUGGCAGUUAAUAUCGGAACACAGCCUUUCUCUCCUAGGGGUUCUCUGUUACAUACACAUAUGACUCUACUUGACACACGUGACAGUAUUUAUACUCGCAGAUAGUCAAAAGUCAUCUUUAUUUCGCAGAUUUUUCGCAUACAUCGAUCGCCCAUAGCUCCGGAAGUGAUGGAUACGAUUGGACAAUUAAUUUACAUCUUUUUGACAACUAUCUCCAGUGGCGUGUUCUAACAGCAGUAUCGCGUAUCUGACGAAGCACAUUCGGAUGAAAAGCGUUCUCACGAGGUUUGUCAGCCGGGCCAAACAAUAUUUGGUCUCGCGGCGAUAUUUAUAUCUGACAACGAUGGCCAAGAGCAAGUUUGAGUACGUGAAGGAGUUUGAGCGGGAUGACAAUUGUCUCCCGAACUGCUGGAUUGUAGUUAGGAUAGAUGGUAGGAAUUUUUCGAAAUUCUGCGACGUACAUCAAUUUGUCAAGCCGAACGACGUGGCCGCGCUCAAGCUGAUGAAUCAAGCCGCUAUCACUGUUAUGGAAGACUUUAAAGAGAUUAUACUGGGUUUCGGCCAGAGCGACGAGUAUUCCUUCAUCUUCCGGAAAGAUACACAACUUUACAAGCGCAGAGCGUCAAAAUUAAUGUCUAACGUAAAUUCACUAUUCGCCUCGGCGUAUGUUUAUCACUGGCCACACUUCUUCAGAGGCAAGGAAUUACUUUAUCCACCUUCAUUCGAUGCUCGUGUUAUAUUGUAUCCAACAGACAAGAAUUUAAGGGAUUAUCUAGCUUGGCGACAGGCUGACGUGCAUAUUAAUAACCUGUAUAAUACUUGUUUUUGGAAUCUUAUUUUGAAAAGAAAUUUAACUCCGACUCAGGCGGAAGAAAAACUUAGAGGCACUCUGGCGUCGCACAAGAACGAAUUGCUUUUCCAAGAAUUUGGUAUAAACUAUAAUAACGAACCAUUGCUAUUCCGGAAGGGUACGACGCUCAUCCGAAAGUUGGUACCUGACAGUGGAGGGAGAUUGAAAUCCGUCGUAGUUCCUCUGGAAGAUGAUAUUAUCGGCGAUCGUUUUUGGAAAGAAAAUCCCGAAGUAAUUGGUUUAAAAAGCUUAGCAACUUAUCAACCAUCAAAUUCAACGAAUAACGUUAAGAAUACGAUACUCAUGCCCGUUUCUCCUUUACCUACGAUUAAAUCUGGAAACAAUGUUCUCUCACCUUCACAAGUAACCAAUGAAUUUAGUCAGUGACAAAGCAUAUCCUAAUAGAAACAGAGACUAAUAGAGAUCGAAUGCAGUGAAAGUGAACGUAUUUGUAGGAUAUAAGUUUGUAUUUUGUUUUAUUUUUGUAUAAUAAAGUUGAAACUGUACAUUUUAUGAUAAAAGAGAUGUGAUCUGCAA